AUGCAGCCAACAUCACCACCACCAGCAUCUCAGCCCCAAGAUGACGUGAUGAGAGAACAAGGGAGCAGCCAAGACGGCGACUCCCCCAUGAACCUGUCGUCAAUGGAGGCGGAGAGCCCGUCAGGUGGACGUCUUGGCCAUGUCUUGUCUAACGGGCGGGUUGUGUGUCGUGAGUACUUCAAGGAAUUCUGCUUCCAGUACGAGGCAUUGAUGGCAAGUCCAGGAGGGCACCGGCAUGGCGUUUCGGAGGGUGGGAAGAUCCAAGACGAUGACUACUCUCUGGAUACUUGCUCUGAGUCUGGAUCUGAUUCGGCGACGGGCACAUCUAAGGGAUCCCAGGAUGAUGGAUGGGAUGAGAUUGAAACGGUUCCUUGUUACUCCGAUGCUGUGGCUGGCAUUGUUGAGUCGGAGGCCGAACAGACACCCGGCGGGCGCCAGGCUCACAAGUUUGGGUACAGCGAGAACCACACCUGCUGCUCGGAUUCAGUCUUCGAAUUCAAUGACUCCUACUGGGACAUGUCGAGGGACCACAGCAUGGAAGCUGAGAUCGUGUCUGCCUACGACCUUCCUGACGUCCCUCGGACUGCGGGCGAGAUCUCGGAGGUGCCGCAGAUACCUUUCAAGCCCGUGGAGCAGGUCGGGGUGUUGGCUGAGAUUGACGAGGAUGACUUCGCCAGAGCGGUGUAUGCCAAUCGCAAAGGCUUCGAGCAGGAGAGACGCCGCUGGGAUGUGAAGAUGAGGCCGGAAGCGACGAGGAGGGUGCACAUUGAAUAUACCAACGGACGGGCGAUGAAGAGAAAUGCGAAGAACGCAAGGAAAACGGCAAGGUCACCGAGUCAUGAAAGGGAGAGGUUGGGAAAGUUGACACUAAGGGUUAAGAGGGAGGCGGAGAGGUCGAUGAGGUCGAUUAAAGAGAAGGGGAAGGAGGUCUGGGGAGGCGGAACAUGGUGA